AUGAAUGCAGGAUCAAUUAUCGAUUAUCCAUGGUCGCUACUGUCCAAGGACAAGACAGAGGAAGGUAUUAAUAUUAAUAACCUAUUAUUAAGUAAUCCCCCACCAUCUAGAAGAAGUAUUACUCCUGUAAACAAUCUAUUGGUGUUUAGUACCCCUAAUGUAGAUAGUACUGCUAAUACUUCUCUUGGUUCUUCAGUGCUCUUAAUUCUUCCUCUUACUUCUUCCUCUGCUACUAGUGCUGCUAUUGUUGAUUUGAAUAGUGUUGCUGAACUACCACCUCCUCCUACUCCUCCUCCUACUAUUUCUGUUGAUUUGAAUAGUACUGGUGGUACUGUUAAUCCUACCUCCUCUGCUGUUAGUGUUGUUGUUGCUACUCCUGUUGUUGGUUUGGGUAGUAGUACUCUUCCUACUGAUUCUUUUGUUGGAAAUUUGAACAGUAAUACUACUAUGGUUGAGUCUACUCCUUUCGUUAGAGGUAAUGAUAAAUCAAACGAGUUGGGUGAUCCUUCAACUACUAUUGAUGAUGGUCCAAUUGUUGUUGAAGAGCCUACUUCUUUGAGUAGUGCUCAUUUGCAUAUUGUUACUGCUCUCUUUCAGGGUACUGACAUCUAUGUGCCAACCUCCAGCAAGCCAUACUGGGCAUUCAGAGCAGUAGAAGCAAAACGAUUAAUUGAUAACAAUUUUGCAUUAGCCCAACAUAAUGCCUACUUGGAAAAACAAGUUAAAGAAGAUUCAAUCUUUCAAGACAGUAUUACCAAACUUGUGGAAGCAAAAAACGCUUCUAGAAAAAACACUUCACCAAUAGUUACAACAGUUGAUCUAAUGUUUGAUGGUAUGACUAGAACUGUUUCCCAUGAAGAAUUCGAAAAGUUCAAAAAUAGUAGCAAAAUUAAUGAAACAAUUGAUCAAGUGAUGCAAUGGUUUGAUUUGGUUGAGGAUGAUUUGAAAUCCAAGAAGAAGGAAUUUGAUACCUUUCUAUUACAGUACAAGGGAUGUAAAAUGGCAGAUAGUACCAUCAGAAAUAGAGUUCCCUAUGCUAGAAAGAGGGAUGCUGCAUUGGCAUCUUCUUCCACAGGCACUUCCGAACCACCCAAAAAGGCCAGAAAAAAGUCACCAAACUCUGCCUCUAGUUCUUCUGAUGAUGGUGGUGAUGCACAUUCACCUGCAAGUAAUGCUCCUCAUCAAUAG